AUGGCAGAUCAAGCUUCACCUUUACAUCAAUCACAACAAACACAGGAUGACUAUCCUCCUCCACCCCCUCCACCUGCAUCUUCAGGUAUACCUUCUUCUCCAGGCAGAUCUCCUCAUGGUGGACGCGAUCGUUCUUUAUCUCCUCACCGCUCUUCAAGCAGAAGCAGAUAUUAUGAUGACAAUAGACGUUCUUCUUCUUACCGUGAUGAUGAUCGUUAUAGCUCUAGAAGUCGAUAUGAUCCUUAUUCACGCCGUGAUGAUUAUUAUGAAGGCAGUAGCAGAGAUCGUUAUAAUGACCGUUAUUACCAUGAUCGAUAUGACCAUCAUCACCACCAUCAUCAUCACCGUGGAUAUGACCAUAGAGACCGCUAUGAUCGUUAUGAUGACAGAAGAAGCCGUUACCCACCUAAAUCAAGACAGCGAAGACCUGUGGACAGAGGUACUGAACAAGAAAGAAAGACAACCACGACCAUUUAUGCCGGCAACCUGCCUUACGACUUUAUUGAACGUGAUGUUGCUUCCAUGUUUGAGCGUUAUGGUCGCUUAAAGUCAAUUACGGUACCUAUGGACAACAUGACAAAUAAAAACAAGGGCUUUGCUUUUGUCGAAUUUGAAGAACGUCGUGAUGCUGAAGAUGCUUAUGAAAAGUUUGAUGGAUUCAGUGUUGAAGGACGUCGUUUAAGACUUGAUUGGGAUAUUGGUCUUUCUAAAAAAGAUCAACAUCGUCCUGCAUCUAGACGUGGUCCUGGUGGCCCUCCACCUCCUCCCUUGGAUGAUCGUUCUAUGAAUGAUCCUUGUAAGUUUGGGUAUACGUGUUUGGAUAACAUACUGAUCAUUUUGUAG